AUGGCGGCGCUGGGACUGCUGCUGCAGGCGGCUGCGGCCUGCGGCUCGGCGGGGCCUCUGCGCCUCUGCCGCUGCUACCGGGCGGCUCCGGGCACUCGGGGGCUCUGCAGCCGCCUGCCCGCGGCGCACAGUCCCGAGGGGAGGAAGCAGGAGGAGGAGCAGGGCGCCGAGGAGCAGGAAGCCGCCAUGGGGAAGGAUUCCAGAGACCUGCUGAAGGAAUUUCCCCAGCCCAAGAACCUGCUCAACAGCGUGAUCGGCCGAGCCCUGGGCAUCUCCCAUGCGCGGGACAAGCUGGUCUACAUCCACACCAACGGGCCCAGGAAAAAGAAAGUCACCCUGCACAUAAAGUGGCCUAAAAAUGUGGAGGUGGAAGGUUAUGGGACCAAGAAGAUUGAUGCUGAGAGGCAAGCAGCAGCUGCAGCAUGUCAGCUCUUCAAGGGCUGGGGUUUGCUGGGCCCCCGGAACGAGCUGUUCGACGCCGCCAAGUACCGGCUGCUGGCCGAGCAGCUGGGCUGCCCCGACGAGCGCUGGUGCUCUGAGGCCAAGUGGCGCUCCAAGUCCGGCCCCUCCUUGGCCGACCUCUCCACCUGCUGGCGCCGCAUGGAGCCUGACGACUCCAUCCAGCCCAUGGAGCAGGGCAGGAUGCCCAAAGCCAUGAGGAGAGAAGAGCUGGAGGAAGGGGAGCUGGAGGAGGGGGAGCUGGAGGAAGGGGAGCUGGAAGAGGAAGCUAUCGACGUGUCUGAUUAUCUCCCCAUGGCCCACCAGGACGCUCGAACCCCGGGCAGAGACGUGAGCCGAGGAGGGAGCUCCAUUGAGAUGACUGAUGACAACACUGCCAUCCGUGCCCUGACACAGUUCCCUCUUCCCAAAAACCUCCUGGCCCAAGUGAUUCAAAUCGCAACCUCCUCCUCCACGGUCAAGGAGUACAUGCAGUUCCGCACGGUGGGCACCAAGACCAAGAUCUGCAAGCUGACACUGCGCUGGCCCUGCCCCAUGACCUUCGCCGCCAAGGGCCGGCGCAAGGUGGAGGCAGAGAACAAAGCAGCAGCUCUGGCCUGCCAGAAGCUGAAGAGCCUGGGCUUGGUGGACAAGAACAACAACCCCCUGAGCCACGCCAUGUACAACAUGACCUCGCUGCGGGAGCUCGGGGAGAACCAGCGGAAGCCCUGCCACAUCAAGGUCCCCGAGGCCACCCUGCGCAAGAUCGAGAACUACCUGAACCAUUAUCCGGUGGACAUCAGGGAAGCCCGGCCCCGGAUUGCUGACGACAUGAUGAACCUGAGCAAGGAGUCUGGUGCCAUCAGUGAUGCCAUCACAGGGAAGACCUACAUCCCCAUGCUGGAGGCAGAAGAAGUGCGCCUUAGCCAGAACCUCCUGGCCCUCUGGAAGAGGAGAGGAUCCUCCUGGCAGGAGAGCCACCCGCUCCCAGUAGAUCCUCACAAGGACACCAUCCUGUCAGCCAUUGAGCAGAACCCUGUGGUGGUGAUAGCAGGAGACACAGGCUGUGGGAAGACCACCAGGAUCCCUCAGCUGCUGCUGGAACACUACAUCCUGGAGGGCCGUGGUGCCCGCUGCAACGUGGUCAUCACCCAGCCGCGCAGGAUCAGCGCCAUCUCCGUUGCCCAGCGUGUGGCACAGGAGCUAGGGCCCAACAUGAGAAAGAACGUUGGCUACCAGGUGCGACUGGAGAGCAAACCACCUGCCCGGGGAGGAGCUCUGCUCUUCUGCACCGUGGGCAUCCUGCUGAGGAAGCUGCAGGGCAACCCCAGCCUGGAGGGUGUCAGCCACGUGGUGGUGGAUGAGGUCCACGAGCGGGACGUCAACACGGAUUUCCUGCUCAUCCUGCUGAAGGGCAUCCAGAAGCUCAACCCUGACCUGCGCCUGGUCCUGAUGAGCGCCACAGGAGACAACCAACGUUUCUCCCAUUACUUUGGGGAUUGCCCUGUGGUCAAGGUGCCAGGCUUCAUGUACCCAGUGAAGGAGUAUUACCUGGAGGAGAUCCUGGCCAAGCUGGGCCGGCACCGACACCGGCACUAUGAGAUCAAGCAAUCAGAUGAUGAAUGUGUCCUUGAUCUUGAUCUGAUCACUGACCUUGUGCUCCAGAUUGAUGCCCAUGGAGAACCAGGAGGGAUCCUCUGCUUCCUCCCUGGGUGGCAGGAGAUCAAGGGGGUGCAGCAGCGCCUGCUGGAGAUGCUGGGCUCUCAGAACAGCCGGUACCUCGUCCUGCCAGUGCACUCCAACAUCCCCAUGAUGGACCAGCAAAACAUCUUCCAGAGGCCUCCACCGGGCGUCAGGAAGAUUGUCUUGGCCACCAACAUCGCUGAGACCUCCAUCACCAUCAACGACAUCGUGCACGUGGUGGACAGUGGCACGCACAAGGAGGAACGCUACGACCUGAAGACCAAGGUGUCCUGCCUGGAGACAGUGUGGGUGUCCAAGUCAAACGUGGUGCAGAGGCGAGGCCGUGCCGGGCGCUGCCAGUCAGGCUUUGCCUACCACCUGUUCCCUCGCAGCCGCCUGGACAAGAUGCCAACUUACCAGGUGCCAGAGAUCCUUCGCACCCCGCUGGAGAACCUGGUGGUGCAGGCCAAGAUCCACAUGCCAGAGAAAACAGCAGUUGAGUUCCUCUCCAAGGCCCUGGACAGCCCUGACAUCAAAGCUGUGGACGAGGCGGUGAUCCUGCUGCAGGAGAUCGGAGUGCUGGACCAGCGGGAAGCCCUCACCACCUUGGGCAAGCGCCUUGCCCAGAUCUCCACCGACCCUCGGUUGGCCAAGGCCAUCGUGCUGGCCUCCAUCUACCGCUGCCUGCACCCUCUGCUGGUCAUCGUCUCCUGCCUCACCCGAGACCCCUUCAGCAGCAGCCUGCAGAACCGUGCUGAGGUGGACAAGGCCAAGGCUGUCCUGAGUCGGGAGAGCGGCAGCGACCACCUGGCCUUCGUCCGAGCGGUGGCAGGCUGGGAGGAGGUCCUGAGGCGCAGGGACAGUCGGGCCAGGGACAACUACCUGCAGGACUACUACCUGUAUGGCCCCAGCCUUCGAUUCAUCAACGGCCUUGUCAAGCAGUUCUCCGAGAACCUCUAUGAAGCCUUCCUGGUGUCCUCUCCAUCUGACUGCACCAUGCCCUCGUCUGUGUGCAACCAGUACAGUGAAGAGGAGGAACUUGUCAAGGGUGUCCUCAUGGCUGGGCUCUACCCCAACCUCAUCCAGGUGAGACAAGGCAAAGUGACACGUCAGGGGAAGUUCAAACCCAACAGCUACGCGUAUCGGACAAAGGCUGGCACCGUCCUGCUCCACAAGUCCACCAUCAACAGGGAGGCCUCCAAGCUCUACAGCCGCUGGCUGACAUACUUCAUGGCCGUGAAGUCCAACGGUGGAGUCUUCGUGCGGGACUCCUCCCAGGUCCACCCCCUGGCCGUGCUCCUCAUGACUGACACUGACAUCCACAUCCGAGACGACGGCUGGCGAGCGACGGUGUCCCUGACGGACAGCGACCUGCUGGUGCUGGAGGGGGACUCCUACACCAUCCGCCUGCUGCGCGACUUCCGCCUCUCCCUCUCCAAGAUGGUGGAGACCUGCCUGUGCUACGAGAUGGCAGCCAUCCCCGGGGACCUGCACCACCAGCACAGCCAGCUGCUGGACAUCCUGGUGGAUCUGCUCAAGGGGCCUCCUGGCAGCUUUGGUGCUUAGGCUGCUGCAGCCGGAGCCGGAGGAUUCUG